AAAUAACAAUAUUCGAAACAAAUGAGAAACUCAAUUCUUUUGUUUGCUGCUACCAUGUGCAUCAUGAUGUUUGCAUGUAUUGUCCAUGGAGCCUCACUUGACACAGCCUUGUACAAGACUAAAGUCAUUCUUCCAAAAACAGUUUCAUUCACAUUUACAAGUGGUGGUGAUUUAAUUUGUCCUGUAAAUCCAAAUGCCAUUGUAAAGAUCAAUGCUGCUGGUGAAAAGUUUAGAAUUGCUGGUAAUGGUUUACCUCUUUCACAACCUUAUUUCUCUGGUGAAGAUAUUCCUGCUGCUUUGGCUCAAAUGUUUGAUGUUCAAUCUGCUGUUGUUACUUCAAAGGGUGAAUUGAUCAUUGCUGAUACAAGAAAUAGAAGAAUUCGUAAAGUAGAUACAAGAGGUAUCAUUUCAACAAUUGCAGGUGCUGAAACAGGUGUUAGAUCAAGUCAAAUUGUUGAUGGUAAACGUGCCUUUGGAUCACCACUUCCAUGCAUUGUUCAAGUUCAUUCAGUUGGUCAAGAAAUUUACUUCUCAACUGAUCCAUGCACUUCAACUUCUUAUUAUCCAACUGAUAUUUUCAAAAUUACAGCUGAUGGUUUAAUUUAUCAUGUUGCUGGUGAUAAGGAAGGAACUAUUUCAUCAAAGGAUAGAAAGGCAUCUGGUACUAAAUUAGCAGCAUUCCAACAAUUUACCAUUACUAAAGAUGGAAAGGAAUUGUACAUUGCUGAAACUAGUGCUAAUCGUAUUAGAAAAGUUGAUUUGAAAACUGGUGAAAUUUCAACUGUUAUUGGUACUGGAAGUUCAGGUUUUUCUGGUGAUAAAUUACCAGCUAUUCAAGCUCUGGUAAACGUUCCAAGUGGUAUCGCCAUUGAUAGUUAUACUAAUGAUAUUUAUAUUUCUGAUUCCUAUAAUAAUAGAAUUAGAAAGGUUGAUAGUAAGAGUGGUAUUAUUACAACUGUUGCUGGUGUUGAUAAUGUAGUUCAUGAUAAAAUGAAAGGUGAAGGUUUUAGUCAAGAUGGUGGUUAUGCUGCUUUGGCUAGAUUGGAUUUUCCAACUUAUUUGGAAUUUGCUCCAAAUGGUGAUUUAUAUUUCAUUGAAAAGACUGGUUAUGGUAAACUUUCAAGAUGUCCAAAGGGUUCAGUUCCAAAUACUAAAACUGGUAAAUGCACAAUUGUUCAAAAGAAUCCAUUUGAAGAAGCUGCUGAUCAAGAAUUGAAUUUGAAUGAAUUUAUUGAUAGAAUUGUUGAAAAAAAGUCAUUCAAUGGAAAGCUUAUCAAAUCAAUUAGAAAGGCUCUUAAAAAUUUGAGAGAUUUGGAAUAACUCAGUUAUCAUCAACAUUUGCUUUCUUUUUAAAUAAACAAUGCAGAUGAUUAUUCC